AUGGUGCCAGCUGCUAAAUCGAUUUUGACUCCGCUCAUUAGAUCGGCCCGUUAUUACUGUAAGGGUAAACCUUUCAGUAGGACGCUUCACAGUUCGACAAUCGAACAUAGACAGAGCACCUUGACUGAUAUAUACAAGCUAUACAAUGCAAAUUGCCCAAUCAGUGUUAUCACAGCUCAUGAUUUCAUCAGCGGUGCAAUUGCUGAUGACAGCGAAAAAGUGGAUAUGAUCCUUAUUGGUGAUUCUCUAUCAAUGACAGCUAAGGGAUACCGAUCCACUUUAGAAAUACCGUUUGAUGAGUAUAUAUAUGCAUGCAAAUCUGUGAUGAGAGGUGUGAACAACAAGUUUGUAAUUGCGGAUAUGCCGUUUGGUAGUGUGGAGAGCAGCGAUGAGAAAUGUAUUGAGUCUGCAGUGAAAAUCAUGAGCAUAGGAAAGAUUGGUUCAGUUAAGAUCGAGGGUGGCAAAGAGAUGGCUCCUCGGAUCAAAAGGCUGAACGAAUUGGGAAUACCGGUAACUGGGCAUAUCGGCUUACAGCCGCAGAAAUUCAAUUUCUUUGGUGGUUAUAAGGCGCAGGGCAAGCAAGCUUGUGGAGCUCAAAAAAUAUAUCAAGAUGCUUUGGCUUUACAGGAAGCCGGAUGUCAGAUGAUCGUUCUUGAAUGUGUUCCUCACAAGAUUUCCAAGUACAUUACUGAGCAUCUAGAAGUUCCUACGAUCGGAAUUGGGUGCGGAAACGGGACUUCAGGGCAGGUGCUUGUGUUUGCUGAUCUUCUUGGUAUGCUAGAUGCCAAAACGGGAAAGUUCGUGAAGAAAUAUAUGAACUUCCACAAUGAUGCCGUUGCAGCAUUAAAUAGCUACGGCGCGGAUGUGAAAUCGAGCAAGUUUCCAGAGAAUGCCCAGAAUGGGUUUCACAUCUCUGAAGAUGAGUACAGCGAGUUUUUAGAGCUCGCAAGUAAAGUUAAGCCAUGA